CAGAAGUGAUGUAGAGAGGAGGAAUCACUAACCAUUCAAGAAAUGAUAACAUGGUUACAGUACUACAAAAAGAAAAGGGACAAACUAUCCGAGUAUAUUCAAGAAUUACAAUGUGAUUCUUUCCCUUCAUGUCUCUGCAAGGAUUCUAACACGUACACCAUUGAAAACCCAAUUCUGUCAGAAGAAGAGAAACGUGGAUUAUUGGCUCUUCUCAAUCAGGGUCAAAAGCAAUGUGCUGACAAGCUUACUGAAGCCAAACAUUUAUUUAGUUCCUACCAGCCAAAUGAGGUCUAUGAGCCUUUCUUGGAGCUCUUAGAAAGUGAUGAAGAUGAAGACAUGUAUUUACAAAAUGAAUAGAUACAAAUGAACAAAUCCACAAGGGCCAUGAUGAGGGUUCGAACCUAUGUCAGAGAGGAUCCCACACGAGCCUUAAUGGACUGUGUUACGACAUGGCAAAAGAAUUCCAACCGGGAGUUCAACUGACCUCAA